AGCCGUGAAAGAAUUUAGGGCUGCACUUGUUCUGACCUCGACGAUCAACUGUAUAGCUAGAUCUUGAAUGUGCCGAUAUAAGUAUUUAUUAAUAAGCUGACCAAUUUGUUGUACAUUUUGUUACAAAAUGGAAGCGGCUACUAAAUAUAAACAGGAUAUGCCUCCUGAAGGAGGUUAUAAGUCUAUUAGAUUUACCAGAUUACCAGCGAAGCAAUAUUUCAGUGGAUACUCUAUGUUCUUGGGCUUCUUUGGAGUAACAGCUGGAGCCAUGUAUUUAUAUUAUAUGAGUUACAAGAAAUGGUUCUAUGAGGACUUGGAAAACAAGGGUGGAAGAUUAGCAAUGCAGCCAAUCCUACUUGCUGAGAGAGACAGAGAGUUCCUGAAGCAGUUGCGUCGUAACCGCGACGAAGAGGCCAAGCUGAUGGCCAAUGUCCCGGGCUGGGAGGUGGGCACCUACUACGGCGAGCCCAUCUACAAGACCGCCGCCCCGGACACGCUCAUCGAUCCGCACUACGACGAGUAUUUCGCACACGCCAAACCAGCCGAUUCAAACAAGAGGAAGUUCUUCCGUCUGUGGAUAUAGGUUUGCCAGCGGAGAAUAGUGAUGAUGAUUAGGUACUGAACGAGGAUGUUGCCGUGCAUUGUGGUUGUAUUUAUUUGCUAAAAGAAUUAAAUAGUUGGAAAUGUGUAAGUAUGUGUAUAGUGUACUAAGUGUCGCUUUCACAGUUGAUGGUGUAUAAAUAAAUUUUUUUUUGUGUAAUAAUAAAUGGUAUUUUUUUCAAAUUAA